AUGGACCCAACAAAAGCUCAGACCCAAGCGGUCUUUGCGCAUCUGAAGGCUCAAAAAGCUAACAAGUCAUGCGCCGACUGCUUGGCCAAGGCCCCAACGUGGAGUGCAACAAGCUAUGGUGUCUACCUCUGUCUCAAUUGCUCAGCCGUACACCGGAAUCUCGGCGUUCACAUCACUUUUGUCCGCUCAACUAACCUCGACACCUGGACCCUUGCCCAGCUACGCACGAUGAAGGUCGGCGGAAACGCCUCGUUCGCCGAAUUCUUCACCAAGCACAAUGGGCAACACUUGCUUCCGCCCGGGAGCACGGACGCGAGGGCGAGGUACACGAGUAAGCAGGCAGGGCUGUACAAGGAGGAGCUGGCCCGUCGAGUCGCCGAGGACGCAAGAAAAAACCCGAACGGGAUCCACAUCGACGGCCUCGAGUUGACACCCCUCGCCGCGUCGACGCCUACCGCGGCUGCUGACUCAUCCGAUGAUUUCUUCUCAUCGUGGGACAAGGAGAAGCCAAAAGCUGCUGCACCCGCUGCAAAGGCAGCAGCUGGUCCGCCCUCGGUCGGCAUGGCCGCCCGCGCUCCAGCCACCACCGGUCCUCGGACCGUCACCUCCUCAUCUCUCCGAUCCGGUACAGGCGCCGGCGGUAUCUCAUCUCGUCCCGCCCCAACAUCUCGCCUCAGCUCGACUACCACCUCUACCUCCGGCGCCGCAUCCUCCGGCAUCGGCGGCGGUGGCAAGCUGUCCAAGCUGGGCGCCAAGAAGGCUACCACCUCGAUCAACUUUGAAGAGGCGCAGCGUAAGGCUCUGGAGGAGGAAGAGCGGGUCAAGCGGCUCGGAUACGACAAGAUUCGGGAAGAGGAGGAGGCCAAGAAGGUCAAGGAGCGCGAGGCGGAGGAGAGGCGGAAGGCCAAGGCGGCGGGUGAGGCUGUGUCGCGCACGAGCACACCGGUCAGCGCGAGCCGGGCGGUGGAUGAUGCGCCCAAGCCGGCCAGGCUGGGCUUUGGGCAGGUUAUCGGCGCGGCGGCCGUGCCUGUUACCAAGACACGAGCUGUACAGGAAGACAAUGUCCACGUCGCCCGAGAAAAGUUCGGCACCCAGAAGGCCAUCUCGUCAGACAUGUACUUUGGUCGCGGCGCACACGACCCCGUCUCCUCCUCCGAGGCCCAAGGCCGGCUCAAGGAAUUCGCAGGCGCGACCGCCAUCUCGUCGUCUGCGUAUUUCGGGCGAAACGAGGAAGAAGACGACGAGUCGGGCGGACAAGGAGCAAGCGGAGAGAAUUACCUGGGCGAGUUGGGGGAUAAUGAGACGAUUCAGGGGCUCGAGAGGGGCGUGAGGGAUAUGGCGGGGAGGGUGUUGGCGAAUCCGGAAGUGCAGGCUGUGGGGGAGCAGUUGAGGCAGGGGGUGUUGAAGCUGUCGGACUAUCUUUCGUCGCUCGAGACUCGCUAG